CUCUCUCUGGUUUAUAUAAAGACCGCCAUCUCUCUAUCCAGUUAUUUGCUGCAACUCUAACGCGCGUCACCAUAACUCACCACUAUUGAAUUGAAAGAGCUUAAAGAAAGGAGCAAACCAGUAGUAGCAGCAGUAGGCAUCAGAGCUUCUCAUUGUUUGUACGUUAAAACUCACUUCUCCCAACACCGUCCCUUUACCGUUCCGUCUCAUAUCAGUCUUCUUCACGUAAUUACUCCAUUAAACACUCAAAAGAUUACGCCAACACCCAAUUACUGCUACUGGUAGUGGUAGUGUGCCCUAUAAAGCAGCACUUUCUCUUUCCAGUAACAAGUGUUUUUCUUUUUUACCGAUGGAUGAUUUAUACGGUCUCCACCUCACUGCUACUGAUUACUCUAUGCCGUUACCGGAGAAUAUGGUUACUGUCGCUACUGCUGCUCCGGUACAAUAUCAUGGCUUUCCAUCACCUGGAGUGUCUUUUCCGGUUCUAGGAUCGGAGCAGUUCUUUUCUUGUUCUUCAGUGUCUGAUGCUGCUUCUAUGGUGGCUGAGAUGCAGAGAGGUAAUGGUGGUGGUGGCGGCGGCGGCGGUGGUUCAGAGGAGGAGGUUUCUAGUGCAAUUAGGGCUAAAAUUGCUUCUCAUCCUCUCUAUCCGAAAUUACUUGAAGCUUAUAUCGACUGCCAGAAGGUAGGAGCCCCACCGGAGAUGGCAUAUCUGUUAGAUGAAAUCCGGCGAGGUGACCUUUCCAGUAGGUCCACGGUCGUUGCUACUUGCUUGGAUACAGAUCCCGAGCUUGAUGAAUUCAUGGAAACUUAUUGUGACAUUUUAGUGAAAUAUAAAUCGGAUCUUUCAAGGCCUUUCAAUGAAGCCACCACUUUCUUGAACGAUGUUGAAGCACAGUUAAAUACUCUCUGCAACACUUCUUCCAGAACCCACGUUUCUGAUGAAGCUGCUGGUUCGUCCGAUGAAGAUGUGAGCGGAGGAGAGGUAGAGAUUGAGAUGCAAGAUUGUCUCCGCCCAAAUGAAGAUCGAGAGCUCAAGGACAAACUGUUGCGAAAGUACAGUGGUUACAUUAGUAACUUAAAGCAUGAGUUCUCCAAAAAGAAGAAAAAGGGCAAACUACCAAAGGAAGCAAGACAAGUUCUUCUUAAUUGGUGGAACAUCCAUUACAAAUGGCCAUACCCUACGGAAGGAGAUAAGAUUGCAUUGGCAGAAGCGACAGGGCUAGACCAGAAGCAGAUCAAUAACUGGUUUAUAAAUCAAAGAAAGAGGCAUUGGAAGCCAUCGGAGAACAUGCAGUUUAGUGUUGUGGACAGUAUAUAUGGAUCAUAUUUCAUGAACGAGUGAGAGGGAGAGUGUCGGGCUUUUUUAUCUUGUGGUAGUUUGUACAUUCUUGGACAAAAACAAACUCUUUUGCUAGGUCGAACUUGGAAGUUGGAAACAUCAAAUUUUCUAAAGCUCUAGCCAUGUUCUUCAUUUUCUUCACAAAUUGAAACAUUUAUUUCUUGAUUUCUAAGCUAA